AUGCCUGCCUUCAACAGAUUGUUUCCCCUGGCUUCCCUCGUGCUCAUCUUCUGGGUCAGUGUCUGCUUCCCUGUGUGUGUGGAAGUGCCCUCGGAGACGGAGGCCGUUCAGGGCAACCCCAUGAAGCUGCGCUGCAUCUCCUGCAUGAAGAGAGAGGAGGUGGAGGCCACCACGGUGGUGGAGUGGUUCUACAGGCCCGAGGGCGGUAAAGAUUUCCUUAUCUAUGAGUAUCGAAACGGCCAGCAGGAGGUGGAGAGCCCCUUCCAGGGGCGCCUGCAGUGGAAUGGGAGCAAGGACUUGCAGGAUGUGUCCAUCACCGUGCUGAACGUCACCCUGAAUGACUCUGGCCUCUACACCUGCAACGUGUCCCGGGAGUUCGCCUUUGAGGCACAUCGCCCCUUUGUGAAGACUACACGGCUGAUCCCCCUCCGAGUCACCGAAGAGGCUGGAGAGGACUUCACCUCUGUGGUCUCAGAGAUCAUGAUGUACAUCCUCCUGGUCUUCCUCACCUUGUGGCUGCUCGUUGAAAUGAUCUAUUGCUACAGGAAGGUCUCAAAGGCCGAAGAGGCAGCUCAAGAAAACGCGUCUGACUACCUUGCCAUCCCAUCAGAGAACAAAGAGAACUCUGCGGUACCAGUGGAAGAAUAG